AUGGCUUUGCAUGAAGUUCUCACUGGAAUCAAGGAGGAGCCCCGCUCCUUUCCAUCGUCGCCAAUGUUGUUCGAUCAAGACCAUUGCCAUGAUAGCUUCGAUCACUUGCUAUACGCUGGAGGAGCUGCCGGAUCAUCGUCUUUCAAUCUUCGUCCUGCAGGGCCCCGCCGCCACGAUCAAGAGUUUUGCAGCCAGCUCGAUGCGCUAGCGCUGGAUCACAAUCCUUGCACCUCUCCAAUUCCAUCCCCCGGCCACAGCAGUAGCAGCAGCUUGGAUGGCAUCGCUGCAGUGGUGGGACAAAGAAUCCUCUUUGGCGGCGGAGGCGGCGCCACCGCCGAUUCCACUUCUUCCUCCUCCUCGCACCACCACCGCCACCAUCAUGAUCAUCCAGUGACGCCGCGCUACAACGCCGCCGCCACCACCAAUUAUCGCUGCAGCGUCCCCGACAGCAGCCGACAAGACGACAUGGAUCUCAUGGUCGGCCAAGAACACUUCUCCGAAAGUCACGGCCACUGUUUCCUGGACGAUCAUACGUUUUACGGCAGCCGUCGCGGCCACAGCGAGCUGGACUUGGAUCGCAGCUUGAGUUCCAAGAGGACGAGCCACACCACCAUCGACAGUUUAGCAGCGGCGGCGGCGGCGGCGGGCUAUUCGCUUGCAUCGUCUUCCCCGGAUCCUCCAAAUGGCGCCGCGGUUAGCGCCGCUACUGGAGCGGCGAAUCCCGGUCGGGUGUUCCGGGGAGUCCGGAAGAGGCCGUGGGGGCGAUGGUCCGCGGAGAUUCGGGACAGGAUUGGGAGGUGCCGGCAUUGGUUGGGAACGUUUGAUACUCCAGAGGACGCUGCCAGGGCCUACGAUGCGGCGGCCAGGAAGCUGCGAGGCGCCAAGGCCAGGACGAAUUUCGCGAUCCCGAGCUCGUCCGGGCAGCCCAUCAUCCCUCCGGCAGUCUCCCACCAUCAUCACCAGCAGCAGCAGCAGCAAUCCAAGUGUCACGGUACCAACAUUUUGCUGAGCAGUAGCUCCUCCAGCAGCGGCUACCAGCAUCAGCAGCACAGCUACGAUCUCGAUCUCAAGCUCAAGCUCUGGAAUUCCUCCAAUUCGUCGUCGUCUUAUCGGAGAUCGUAG